UGAGUGAGACACUACCUAAAAAAAGUGAGAGGUCUAAACCCACGGGACGUAGACACGAGAGAAAAUUUCUCGGGGUUCCGCUUUCCGUUUAUUAUUAUUACGUUUUUUUCUCCUUUAUUUUCCAUCCACAACCACAAAAUCCUCCAAUUAAAUCCCCCAGCCUGGUGUGCCCCACAACCUCCACUGAUGGAUCACAAUCCAGUGAAUGAUUGAAAAUAAAUCCGCGCAACAAUCCACAGUUGUAAUUUAGGAAUUUUUGGGGAUCGAAACAUCGGCACGGAGAAUAAAAUGAAAGUUAAAAUAAGAGGAAUAAGAAACGAGAAAUGGUGGACGGUUGUAUGAAAACGAUUGGACGAGUGAAAUUGGGUAGAAAACCAUCAGCCGGCGACGCGCGGAAAUUUCUACCAUCCGAGUGACGAUUUAUUUCCUUCUACCAGACAAAUACAAAUAUUUCAUCUGAUUUUAUUUAGUGCAUCGUCUCCCUCCAGGAGCUCUUCGAGUCUUUUUGUGGUACUGAGACAGACGAAUAAAUCAUUCCAACACGUUCAAUGUACCCAGCAUGGUGCACUCCAUGGAUUUUAAUCAUCGAAAUCCCCAGAGCCCCUGAAUGAUAACUCUCAUCUCAAUUAGAGUGGAUCCAACAUUGAGGGAACGCACAGAACUUGUCCACAACGUAACCCAGAGUGAACUAUUGAAAUUAUCGUGAUUAUCGUGACUGAGUGACGAAUAAGAACAUCAGAGCCUCCAAUUAUCCUGAUAAACAAUCUAAAAUCGUGUAAAUGUAAUCAAGUGCCGAGUCAGGCGUAAAUAAGACGAUUGUGGGGUUGAAUUCAAGUUUUUCAAGGAGGAAGGGCCACCGUUUGGUGCGUGGGUGGUGUACCACUGGAUUUUAUUACUUUUUAACUGGUGAAAAGGGGUAAUUGACGUAUUUGUGAGUAAUUGUCUUGUUGGAGGUGUUUUUGGGGGCUGGUGAAGUUUGUUGUGGGUUGUGGGUCGAUGCCAAGUGGCAGGAAUGGGAAUUCCUGGACUUUCGUGACACGAACACGUCCUCCACCCUUCGUGGGUUCUUCCCUGAUUGUCAGAUUUUUCAUUUAAUAUCCUCGAGGAUGAGAGGGACAAUGUGGCUCUGUGGAGACUGACUGUCGAUUGACAACAAUUUUUUUUGUUAUCGUGGAGGAUAAGUGGCUGUUGGAUUUUGUUCAGGGGUUCUGGUGAUGUGACAACGAUUUUUUCGAGGUGUUUUUGGGCUGACGAUCAUUUGGGGAUCAUCUGGGGCACCAGGGAAAGGUAGACUGGAGAGUGAAGAUUUUGGGGGGAUUGAGUGGAAGAUGAGAGGUUAAACGUUGAAGGGAUGGGUGGUGGUAGGGUAUCAGUAUGCGGGAGAAGUCAUCAGAAUGUCCCACUCACGUAGAGUACGUGAGGGGCACGACAGAGAUGUGCUCGCGUGAUCCUCCCGCUCUGCAUCCAGCCCUUGCCAAGGCCAAUGGUAAAAAUUCAUCGCCACAGGCGAGCCCAAGGGGAGACAGGGCUAUUGACAGAGAGGCUAACUGUUUACCCACACCUGGAGGGAGAUUGAAGUUCUUUAAGGAUGGCAAGUUUAUACUUGAACUGUCACACAGGAGGGAUGGCGAGAGGACCACAUGGUUUCCUGUACCCAAGAAAACUUUUUGGCCCCCUGCUAGCACCACACCGAAUAGACAGGAGAGCUCAACUUCACUCAGUGUAUCGGAUGACAAUUCGUCGAUCCAAUCAAGUCCCUGGCAGCGAGAUCACUGUUGGAAGCAGAGCCACCCACGACGCUGCGUGACAACGGAGUUCAACUUCUAUUACCAUCGUGACCCUCGAAAUGGUCUCUCGACACCACCUCGUCAACUGUCUCGCAUACGUCGACGUCCCCUGGAUCCUUGGCCCCUUCCCCUCCUGACGGAGACCCCCACGAGGCCCCAAAAGCCCCCAACAAAGUCGAACAACGUGACCCCAGGGAAGGCACUGACUCUUAUAAUCGACAAGCUCUCGCGUUUAGAUCCAAAUGUCGUCUCCCCCAGGAAGAGAAUACUGAGAGAAUUGGAGAGAGUUACCCUCGAAGAUCAGGCAUCAAAAAGACGUGUCACACCCCAGCCAAUAGCCCCCACAACAACACCCCCUGUCCAAUCCCAGAAGCAAUUGUCUUCGUACAGUAUCACCAGUAUUUUAGGUGAGGAUAAACCCAGUCCAGAGCCUGGCUUCCUCAGGAAUCUCCUCAAGCUCGAGGACAAUGCUGUCAAAUACUCGUCGAGUCAUUCCUACCCUAGGGGUAGAAUCGAUCCAUUCGUUGCCUCUGCCAACACCUCGAUUCAUCAUCCAAUUUAUGGGGUUCCAAUGCUACCACCCGGACCCUACAGGGCCCCAGGCCUCUGGAUGCACUAUCCACCUCCUGUUCAUUAUCCACCACCUAUUCCCAUUUAUCCACCCCCACCACCUCCACAUCCAUCGUCUCCACCGGUUCAUCAUUAUAAGGAUUAUAGGGAACAAACUCUCACACCUCCAUCAGAUGUGCCGUUAAAUUUGUCGAAGCAUGCAGGUUGAAUCUCGAAAUGCCUGAGAAUUCGAGUAAAAAAAAAAGAAAUAAAGUUUGGUGCCUUAGCGAAGAGAAACAAAUCGAUAUCAACUACACUGCCUGUGCAACGACAAUGAGUAUCACUAGUAUUUUUCUACACCAUUGAAUCAUCAUUUUAAAAAAAACAAAGAAAACAGAUAUGAGAACUGAAAGCAAGAGGCAACAGCGAAAGCCCUAUAAACUGAACGAUAAAUAACAAUUUGAAAAUAAAUUCGCAGGGCGAAUGCGAAGUUAAGUCGACAUGUAAAUAAUCGAGUAGGAAAAUCUGUGGAUGCAAAAGGUCCUCUGCUCCCCAUUAAUCCAAUACGAUGAAAAAUUCCCCCAUUUUAAGUCAUUUUAAUCACCCAUAUAGUAUUAAAAAUGAGAUAACGUUGGAGGUAAAGUGCAAUUAGCCGAUGAUAACGUAAAACUCCCACGACUCCAUUAUUAGGAAGAGAACAAAACGAUUGACUAUUCCUUUAUUAUCAGAUAACGUCCAUUAGGUGAUAGUGGCUCGAAUGAGCAGCGAAGUCCUGACUUUGCCAAAUCAACCAAAAGAAUCAUCUUCCCUGGAAAAUGCAGUGAAACCAGAAUAAUAGAUUAAUAUUUUCCCUCUGAAUCGAAUGAUCAAAUUAAUCCAACAAUUCCUCCGAUUGUUUCUUAUACUGUAAAAAUAAUUGUUUAAGUCGUCAAACAGACUUCCUCGUUGUUUCAUCUGCAUCCCAUCUACAUUAUUGUCCUAAUAAUUCUGAUUAAUUUUUAAUUUUUCUCAUCGAUUAUUUGUCACUAGGAAAUGAAAAUGAUGGGAAAAUGUGAGAAGAGUGAAUAUUAACGAUUUUACAAUUAUCCACAAUCGUUGGUAAAUUGUAAUUGAGUUAAUGGAGACAUAAAGACAUAGGUUUAUGUACAGAAACAGAUACUACGUAAUAUACAUGAUUAGAUCUAUUAUUCUUAUUAUCAUUGGAGAACUUGUAGCGAUUUGGUUAAUUUAGGAUUAAGAAUUUUCCUUAUUCUUUCUCGUGGUUACAACGGAGGAAACAUAUUUAUGCAAUAUCGAGAAGUAUGAAGACAUUUUAAAUAUAUAUUAUAUAUAUUAUGAAAUUGAAAAAUACAGAGCGUGAGGUGUGCCUUAAAUAUCUCGGAGUGACAGAAAAUUUUUUAACAAAUUCACUGGGGAAAAUGGUGAUCAGCUCGAUGUACAUUAGACUCCUGUGUACAUAUACAUUUUUUAAUUCUGUAAUUCUUUUUUUUUUGUAAUCGUUUAGGCGCGUAGGACAGUACACGUGCCACUGACUUGAAUUUAUAUUUAUUUAAUGGGGAAAAAGUGAUUAUUUUCGGGGGGUUUUUUUACUUGACUCGAAGCAAAAAUAGUAGAAUGUAGAAAAUGGAUAAGGCAAGUUCACUCAGGCUCUAAUAGAUCAAAUAAUUUACACAUUCAAUGAAUCCUCGUGAAAGCGUGAAGGAAAUUGAGAAAAUUGUAUAGAAAGACUAAUUUCGUAAAUAUAAAUAUUUCGUAUAUACCAGA